CUAAUGUCACAUCGUAAAUUUCAGCGCCAAAUAAAUUACGACCUUGUUCAUUAGCGACAUCCUAAUUAGCGUAUCAGUUAAUAUACAUUUUUGUGCACCCGUCGGCCGUUGGCGGUCGUGUCGCGAUGGAAAAGUUUGGGGAGUAUGUGAAGAAAAGUGUGCUUAAUUUUAAGUUGCAGCAAUGUUGCUGGGUGGCCAGUGUGAGGACCGGUGCGCUGACGCUUGCUUGCUUAAAUAUUAUUUUGGGGUUAACCGUACUCGUAGAAAUAUCGAAAGGAGAAGAAGCAAGCUUCACUCCGCUGCUACUCCAGGCUUUAAGCGAAACCACUGAUAAGGAAGAGGAUGGGCCGGACUUCAUACCUUCUUGCAUCAUCGCGUAUGCCGUGGAAAUCGCUUCCAACGCGCUGGUUAUAUGUGCUAUGUGGCGGAACGACAUAGUGCUCCUUCGAGCGUACUUGUACUACGCCGUGGGGGUUCUCACGUUGGCUAUCAUGAUAUACUCCGUGGUCAUUGGAGCCCUGGGGCUCAUACCGGAGCUACUCAUUGUAGCUAGUGUUGGAACUCAACUUUAUCAAAUAAUGUUAGUACGAAGCGCAAUGGUCGAAAUAAAACACGCCUCAAUAAAGAACGGCUACACCGUCAACUUAAAACCAAUUAACAAACCAGGCUCUGGAUCUAACGAGAACUAUACCGUUAAUAUCGAGUCAGAAAAACCUAAAUUACCACCGAAACCAGUGACUAAAGGGGAUAUAUCCAAGUCGGUAAUAAAGGAAGUUACCGAUAAGGAAGUAACGGCUAAGGAAGCAUCGGUUACUGUGCAUUCGCUAGCGAAGCAAGCGUUUCUUCGCGAAGCGACGGAAGAAGCGAGGGAAGGUGUGCCUUCGCGUGUCCUCGUGAAGGAGAAAGCGAAGAUAGAUAGAGCGAAGCCAGAGAGAAUUGAUUUUACGAAGAAAGUGUAACGUGUUUU